ACUCGUGUUCAUUCGCUACUCGCUGUGCCUCGCAAUAUUCGCUCUCAUUUUCAGUGUUGCCGCAGUGCUAUCUUUGCUCGUGUAGGACAAGAGAAGGCAAAUCUUGGUAGGAGAGAUCAUAAAUGCACUGAAGUAAUAGAUUUGAUACAACACAUUCACCGAGAGGAAGUGCACCAAGGCUCGACAUUCAUCAUGGACUGCACAGAGGACCUGCAGUGUUCCGUCUGCAUUCAGCUCUACAGCGAUAAAUCCCCCCCGAAGAACCUGCCCUGCGGUCACAGCGUUUGCUCCUCUUGCAUGGACCAACUAAUGUUAGAUAGCGGGUAUUGUCCGGAGUGUCGGAAAUCACUCAAAUCAAAGGAAAUGAAGGAUUGCAGUGUCAACAUCCCACUCUUGAGACUGUGUCGACUGCACGCGUUUGUCACCAGCGGGAAGGAGGACUUGCCCCCCGUCGACCUCAACUUCAAACCUUUAGACUCAAAACCCUUGGCGAGCGAGGGAACCUGUCCCUUGCACGGCCACCCGCUGUUCUUCUUCUGUCUGCCCUGUGAUGCGUUAGUGUGCCGAGGUUGUCUAAUUUCGGAUCACCCCGAUCAGCCCUAUGGGCGGUGCCUCAUCAGAAGCGUCGAGGAAAAACGGCAGAUGAUGAUCAACGCUCAGCUGGAGGUCCUGGAGGAGCACCACAAAAAAUCAUUAGAGACGAAGAACAACUUAACGCGAAUGUUCAAGGGGUGUAAAAUUGCCGUCGGUUACUGGGAGAAGAGAGCCGAGCCACAGAAGGAUGAGGAGCAGGAGAGGAACUUGCAGGAGGCUCGCGAUAUCCACGACGUUGUGAAAAAGGAUCUGGAUAUAUACGCUCAGUGGACCGAUUAUUUCCGCGAGGCAGUGGAGAACCUGAAAGCGGCCACAACCAUCAUCACUAUUGAAUCGGUGACUGAAAAGGCUAAGGAAAAGAUACCAGAGUUUGAAAAGUUAGAAAUAGUGGACAGAAAAGACGAUGUCGUGAAGGUAUUAAUGAAGUUUUGGAAUGGCCAAUCAUUAUUUUGGUAGGUGGUGAAGUUAUUGCCGUCAUAAUAUUCUAAUCGUUUUUCAAGGAGUCCAUUGUGAUAAUAUAGGGAUGUUAAAUGUUAUUUUCAUAGUGAUAAUAUAUCGAUAUAGUAGUUAUAUAGAUCCACCGGAAGGGUCAAAGAACUGGUGUUGCUGUAUCGUGGUUAUUUUAUUUUCUGUGUCUAUUGUUGAAAUGAACAACUAAAGUGAUUAUUACGGUCUCAAGAUAGUGACGAUGUUACCUAACUGAUAUUUUACAGAGAUAAGAAAUUUCUGGAAAGUAUCGUUGUGACCUGUUUUUCUAUACAUGACGUAUGUAAGGUACCAAGUGACAAAUAAGGAAUUUGAAGAGGUAUGGCCUAAAGUCUAUAUAAAAAAGAAUUUUAAAAAGUGAUCGAGUAUUGGGCGUGAAAGUGUGAUAGUAACUAUUUACACGGGGUACUUGAUUAAAUGUGAUAAUGCUCAACUUAUAAUCCUGGAGGUCAGUUAUUAAACUGACCGAAUUAAAAUAAAUUUUUUAUCGAAUAAACCUGCAAAAGUUACUUUUCCCUUGGUUCCUUUAUAUUAUUAUACACAGUAAACAAAUGUUAUGAUUCUCUAGACGCAAAGGUGUGUAUUGUUGCUGUUUUAGAGGAUAUUCAUACAUUUUACCUGCUUCCGAAUUUGUA